CUCCUUUCUCCACGUGUCCUUGCAAAAAAACCCUGAAUCUGCAUUCUAUCAUUGAUCCCUUCUUUUGCUUAAGCAUCUGAAUUGUUCUUUUAUCGGUGUGUGAUCAUUUUGCCACGUGCAUUAUUAGCUGUUCAUAUAUUCGUGUCAUGAUUUUUCUUUGUUUUGGUGGCUGCCGCUUCGUGAUCUUGAUUUACUUUUCCAAAUUUGAGCGAAAAGAUUGAAUCUUUCUGCUGUAAGAUUCGACGUUUGGGUUUAAUAGUGCUUUGACUUUUGCCUUCAAGAGUUGUGAGGGUUUAUAGUUUUAUUCUGGUUGUGGGGUAUUCUCAACUCUCAAGUCACAUUGUGCUUAUAAUUGCCGGAUUGUGUCACUGAAGAAUUUUGAGGUUCAUUGGAUCUUGUGUGAUGUCUUGGGAUUAAAAAUUGCCAAAUCUUGAUUCAAGAGAAUGCAGAACGAAUAUGAGAUGUGUAGCAAAUAUCUGCGGCCAAGUUCUUUUAUUGCUCUGUAGUCAUACUUUGGCUGAAUGCGCAUUCAUGGUGUAAGAGUGGUUUCUGUUUGCGAUAGAAGUUGGAGGAUGUUAGAUGAUAGCCAUGCCAAGAGUGAUGUGAAUUAUAGGAAAAUGGAAGUGCUGUUUCGAUUAUGUUAUUAUCUAAUAUAGCUCAGGAAUCUUUGGAGUCUGAUGGAAGGGAUGCUUAUGGGUUUGCCGUGAGACCGCAGCAUUUACAAAGAUAUCGUGAAUAUGCUAAUAUAUACAAGGUUGAUUUCUUAUUUCCCAGUUUCACUUGAAUUGUUUGUAGUUAUGUACUAAGAUUUGCAGAGAAAUGGAAAAAAGAGACAUGCUCCUCAUGUUUUUUAUGUUGCACCUAAACUAAUUGAACAAAUUGGUUUCUUUAAACUUGCUAGUGUUCUAAGACAAGCCUGGAUAAUCAUUUCAUUUUUCCACAAUACUCCUUUUAGGAAGAAGAGGAGGAAAGGUCUGAGAGAUGGAAAGAUUUCUUACAACGACAAUCGGAGUCUGCUGAAUUGCCUAAGAAUGGAUUAUCUGGAGAUAACAAUGAUGUUCAGUAUCAAGCUGGAACUGAACAAGAGAGUGCUCAAGAGAGUACUGAUAUUGCUGACCAUAAGACCAGUUCUGACAGUUUGAUCCAAAAUGAAGAGGAAGGGGAGCCGCCAAAGCCCAGUGCUAGAGUCCAUGCUGUUCAAAUUUGGACUGAAAUAAGGCCGUCAUUGCUUCCGAUUGAGGAUAUGAUGAGUUGUCGUGUCAAAAAGACUACUGGUUCUGUGAAUAGUGAGCAAAUCGUUGAAGCAGGAAAUCCCUUGCCUAUUGAAGAGGCUCGACCAGCAAAAGGAGCAUCUGAAGAUGACUCUGAGGAAGAGUUCUAUGACUUGGAAAGAUCAGAAUCAGAUAUCCUUCAAGACGCGUCUCUAGCUGAUAGUGCUGGUGUCAUAGGUACAGAGACUGGUGGUGGCGGUUCCUUUCCUGAAUCUUUGCCUCCUUGGAAAGAAGAACUAGAGAUUCUUGUUCAAGGUGGCCUGCCGAUGGCUCUUAGGGGAGAGCUUUGGCAAGCCUUUGUUGGUGUGAAAGCGCGUCGUGUGGAGAAAUACUAUCAAAACUUGCUGGAGUCAAACACUAAAUCUGUCAAUGGAGAAAUGGCUUUGGAGGAGAGUGACAAAGAAUUAACUGUGGACUGUAUUCCUGAGAAAUGGAAAGGACAGAUUGAAAAGGAUCUACCUCGCACAUUUCCUGGUCAUCCCGCUUUGGAUGAAGAUGGCAGAAAUGCAUUGAGGCGAUUACUUACUGCCUAUGCUCGGCAUAAUCCCUCUGUGGGCUACUGUCAGGCAAUGAAUUUCUUUGCUGGUUUACUGUUACUACUGAUGCCUGAAGAAAAUGCAUUUUGGGCUUUACUGGGGAUUCUUGAUGACUAUUUUGAUGGGUACUAUUCAGAAGAAAUGAUAGAGUCGCAGGUUGACCAACUUGUCCUUGAGGAAUUGGUGCGCGAAAAAUUUCCAAAGCUGGUGAACCAUCUUGAUUAUUUGGGAGUGCAAGUAGCAUGGGUAACUGGACCCUGGUUCCUCACCAUUUUCAUGAAUAUGCUUCCAUGGGAAAGUGUUCUAAGGGUCUGGGAUGUACUUCUCUUUGAAGGAAACCGUGUGAUGCUCUUUCGGACAGCCCUUGCUUUAAUGGAAUUAUAUGGACCUGCCCUUGUCACUACUAAGGAUGCCGGCGAUGCAGUAACUUUACUUCAGUCUCUGGCUGGCUCAACGUUUGAUAGCAGUCAACUGGUUUUGACAGCAUGCAUGGCCUACCAAAAUGUUACUGAAGUCAGAUUAGAGGAACUAAGGAAUAAACAUAGGCCAUCUGUUAGGGCUGCUAUCGAGGAAAGGACAAAGGGACUGCAGGCCUGGAAGGAUUCUCAGGGAUUGGCGUCUAAGCUUUAUAGCUUCAAUCAUGAUCCUGGAUCUAUCAUUGUCGGGGCCAACAGAGCAGAUAAAGGGGGUAUUACUCAUAUGAACGGUAAUGCAUCUCCAUUGCAUGUUGAAUCUCCUACAAUGGGUCAGUUGUACACAGGCCUGACAAGUGAUGGGGUGAUUGAUUCUGUUCCAGAUCUUAAAGAACAGGUGGUUUGGCUUAAGGUUGAAUUAUGCAAGUUGCUGGAGGAAAAGAGAUCCGCUGAACUUCGAUCAGAGGAGUUGGAAACAGCUUUAAUGGAAAUGGUCAAGCAAGAUAAUCGACGGCAACUGAGUGCUAGAGUAGAGCAGUUAGAACGAGAACUUGCUGAACUUCGGCAGGCCCUUGCUGAUAAGCAAGAACAAGAAGCUGCUAUGCUUCAGGUUUUGAUGAGGGUUGAGCAGGAGCAAAAGGUUACUGAAGAUGCUCGGAGGUUCGCUGAACAGGAUGCAAAUGCUCAGAGAUAUGCUGCGCAAGUUCUUCAGGAAAAAUAUGAAGAAGCUAUUGCUUCCUUGGGUGAGAUGGAAAAAAGGGCAAUUAUGGCAGAAUCAAUGUUGGAGGCCACAUUGCAGUACCAGUCUGGACAACAUAAAGCACAACCUUCUCCUAGGUCUGUACAGCAAGAUUCCUCUCCAGUUCGAAGCAAUCAAGAAUCCUCUCAAGACAUCCCCAUGAGAAAGAUUAGUCUGCUAUCAAGACCAUUUGGGGGUUGGCGUGAUAAGAUGAAGGGAAAGUCAAGUAAUGCUGAGGAUACCAAUGAUGACAAAACAGCAAACUUGAAUGAGGAGCAGAAUACAAAUAACGAGCUGAAAGAAGCUAACGGGCAUCAGCUGGAUGAUAAGGUAUAG